GUCACAUUAGUUUGAUAUCUCAAAAUUUCCCGUAUAUUUAACAAUCUCGCUUUGAAUUUAUAAAAUUUACUACCAGUAUGAAACAACCCACUAGCAAGCAAACCAGUCAGAAAACAAGUACAAAAAUCAGUGUCGUCGAUAGAGAUUUGCAAAGGAAACGUGUCAUUGAAGCUACGAUUCAAAAGCAUAAAGUAUUUUUGAUGAAAUAUGUUGCUCCAUCAAACAGACAUGUGUUCGAAGUUAUUUUUGAUGACUGGAUUAAAAUACCACCAUGGAUAGGACCAACUGUACAAGAAAAAAACUUAGCUAAACAGAAAAAAGCUAAAAAAGCUUCCAACAAAAAGAAAACACGAAGUAUAGGUACUGGCAUUACAGUAAUUCAUAAAGCUAUAGGUACAAAGGAUUUUGAAACAGAAAAUGUAAAAGGGUCCAACAAUAACCAGAACAUCCCCUCAAGCAACAAAAAUGUGCCACAUUCAUCUAUAAUGUAUAAGCAAAAAUAUCCACAAUGACAGUCCAAUAAUUAUACAAUCAAUUGAGCUUUUUGGGAUUGUUUGCCAUCACCAGAACUUAUCUGGAUAUUAUAUUUACUUUAUGUAUUAUAUUUAUAUUAUAUAUACAAUAUUUAUUUUGAAUAAUAAAACCAAACAUUUCUAAA